GGCCGGUAUCCGGCCCAAGCAAUGACCUAGAAGUUAGAACCCACUUGGUCGCCACCCGGCGGCACUCCUCCUGUCCGCCGCCACUACGCCGCCCAGCUCCUCAAAGUCGCCGCCCACUUGGUCGCCACCCGGCACUCCUCCUGUCCGCCGCCACUCCGCGCUCAGCUCCUCAAAGUCGCCGGGCUCGAGUUCUUUUUGCUUGUUACUGCGAUGGCAGAUGGUUGGUCACACGUUAAAUCGAAGCCGAAGAGAAAGAAUCGGAUAUCGGAUGAGGAGGAGGAGGAAGAGAGGAGGAGGAAGAGAGGAGGAGGAGGGAGGAGGAUGCGGAAGAGAGGAGGAGGAGUCAGGAGGACGAGAUGAGGAGGGAGGAGGACAAGAGGAGGAGGGAGGAGGACGCGAGGAGGAGGGAGGAGGACGAGAGGAGGAGGCAGGAGGACGAGAGGAGAGAGGAGGACGAUCGGAGGAGGAGGCAGGAGGUUGACGUACUCAACGUGGGAGGACUCAACAUUGGGAACCCACAGCCAGUCCAAGACCCGAUCUGGGUUAAGGGAAGGUCAAUUGCUGAGUUAAAGAUGAAGAUGAAUAUUAUCAAGGAAGAGGAUGCCAAAAAAGACGCUGCUAAGGCAAAAGCGGCCGGGAAGAAAGUGGAGGAGGCAGUUGCUGCAGAGGAAUUGGUUCAGCAAGCUAAUACAAGAUUCUCUUUGGAGUUCGGAGGUUUCCUCGCAACUUUCAAGAAGGAGGAUUCUGAAGAUUUCCAGUAUCCUGCUCAAAUUGAGACUAUGAAGAGACUAAACUCAUAUGUUUUGAAUGUUGAUUUUCUGAAUAUUUUGUCCGAUAAGAAGUACAAGAGCUUGGCUAUUCGACUUGGGGAGAGUACUGAAUACCUCUGGUUACAUCGGGUCAUUGCGGAAUUCUUGAUUGCAAAUGGUAUGGAUAAUGAGGAUGUCACUGUGUUGACGCAGAAAGUUCCGUUGUCUUUCACCAAUUUGCACAGUCUCAAGGCUCUAAAGGCUCACAUGCGAAGCAAGCCAUGUUGGAAAACCACAAAGAACAAUGAGAAAACGGUUACUGCACAUGGCCGCAAGUCAUUCUCGCUACUCAUAUCGGACGUGCUAAACAAGAACAAAGAAAACAUAAGUUACAACGGCAAGUUCAACGAGGAUGACAUCCUUCUUGGAGAGACUUUUUGUUGGAUAUACAGCCAGCAGUUAGAGAAUCAACCCACUCAGCUAUGUUGCAGAUCUCAGCUCCAUUUGGACUGUCAUGGAACCUUUCUAUGAGCUUAGUGUGGGUAGUGAAACUUAUCCCCAGAACUUAACUGAACUCAUGGACAGUCUCCUUUUGUUGGGUAUUCCCAUCUCUGAAGUCAGAAGUGAAGAAUAUAUCGAUUUCAUGAUGCAUCAUCCCUCAAUUGCUUCAUCGAUAGCAAAGCGUACUUUUAUUACAGAGCUGCGUAGAGCAGUGCGGGAUGAAGGGCUUGAGAAUGAACCAUUCUUAUCACGCAUACCAAUUGGUGCAUGGCAAGAGUGGGCAAAGAAGUGGUCAAAGAACAGGUGGACUGAACCAUUCAAAGAUUAACUUUCUCCUGUCCUAAGAGGCGUUUACUGGUAUGAUCCCAAUGUUGGCGAGAGCACCUCAAAGGGUCAGCAAGGCCCAGCCAAGACCGCUGGUAAAGGCCAGUUAACUUCCAUCCCCAAAGGGCUUCCACAAGUCAAGAAGAUCAGCGCCAAGGGUGUGGCAACUUCCAGCCAGGAAAGGAAGGAAAUGUAUCCCAAUACAGUAUGGGGCAUGCUUGACUACAAAAGAUGUGUCAUUGAGCAUGGAAAGAAGCAUGGUGAAGGCGAGUUUGUCUAUGAAAGUGCGAGCUCUGUGGAAAUCCACGCCUCAGGGCAUUUCUUAGGGCUCCUUGCUUACCUCAUGUACACGAUGUCGAAGAACGAUCUUUUUCGAAGAGGCAGUCGGUUUGCAUCUCUCUUCGAAACGUACAAAACAUUGUUUGGGGCUGCUGAUGAUUAGAAGAGCUAUGGUGAGCAUAGGAUUGGGAAAGACUGAUCAGGAUAGGUGCCUUGAUCUAACCAGAGAAGACUCAUUAGAGGAGGAGGAAAUCUGGACUGGAUGAAGCUUGAUGUCAUAACACUGAUCUGUUUUUCUUACUAAUUAGCUUAUGAGGACCUAUCAGAGGCUACCUAUAGUACUCCCUCCGUCUCAUAAUAUAAGAGCGUUUGUAUCGGCAUGCUGGCCGCUUUGCUGACAUUACAUUCCAACUAGGAUUUAUCAUAGAGUCGAGUUAUUAGUUCCUUGUCUUUGUUGAUGCACUCGACUUUUCCACUCAUCAGUCUAGCAUUUCGGUCCAUUA